CUUUUCAACCAAUUUAUCGAUAACAAACAAUCAAAUAUUGCGAUCCUCUGUCGCUUUUCUCAAACUCGAAGCCUAUAAACCCUAAAAUCAAAAGGAGAUUGUGCUGCCAGAAACAAAAUGUUCUAUCGAGGUAAAUACGUAGAUGUUGGAGACGGGAGAGAACCGGGCCUAAAACGCCAACGUGUAAUCGAGCAACCCUCAUCAUACUACACAACCCCACCCCCAUCAACCUACCUCUACCCCCCACCCCCCACCUACCCCUACGCCCCCACCCCCCACCCCCACACCUUCCCCCUUGUAAAAUUACGCGGCCUACCCUUCGACUGCUCCGAAUCCGACAUUUCCGACUUCCUCCACGGCCUCGACAUCGUCGACAUCUUAUUCAUCCACAAACACAACAAAUUCGCCGGCGAAGCGUAUUGUCUCUUAGGCUACCCUUUUCAAGUCGAAUACGCGCUUCAAAGAAACCACCAAAAUAUCGGAAGAAGAUACGUUGAAGUGUUUAGAUCCAAAAAGGAAGAUUACUACAAGGCCAUUAGCAACGAGGUGGAUGGUAGUCAUGGUACACGUGGCGGUGGUGGUGGUAGGUCGCGGUCCCCACGGCGAGGUGGCAAUGGAGGUGGGGCCCGUGUGGGACGGGGGGAUAAUAGGGAUAGGGAUAGGGAUAGUAAUGUGGAACAUACGGGGGUUGUUAGGUUGAGGGGGUUGCCGUUUUCGGCGAAUAGGGAAGAUGUUUUGGAGUUUUUUAAGGAUUUUGAAUUGGUUGAGGAUUCGGUUUAUUUCACGGUGAAUUUGGAGGGAAGGGCAACGGGGGAAGCGUUUGUGAAAUUUGGAAGUUGUGAGGAGGCGAAAGGGGCGAUGGUUAUGGAUGGGGAGUGUCUUGGGAGUCGGUAUAUUGAGUUGUUUCCUUCCACAGUUGAAGAUUGGGAAGAUGCCGCCGAAAGAGGAAGAGCAAACGUGCCAAAACCCUGUGAAGAAGACACACGGGUAUUGCGAAUGAGGGGGUUGCCAUUUUCAGCUGGAAAAGACGAUAUAAUUGACUUUUUUAAAGAAUUCAGAUUAUCCGAAGACUUAAUUCAUAUGACAUAUAAUUCUGAAGGAAGGCCAACAGGAGAAGCACUUGUGGAAUUUUCAAAUGUCGAUGACUCAAAAGCUGCAUUAGCCAAAGAUCGAAUGACACUUGGCAGCCGUUACAUAGAACUUUUCAUGUCUUCACCUGAUGAGUUGAAGGACGCCAUUUCAAGGGGCCGAUAAUUAUUAUUAUUUUUUUUUAAAAUUUUUUUUAAAUCUUUUUAUUCGGCUUAUAUGACAUAUUGUAGUUUUACUGUAAUAAAUAUAAUUUUUUAACCUCUUUCGUGGCUUAUUAUGAGGAAAUAUGGUUGUUAUUUCAA